CGAGAGCUGCAGCGGACAAUCCCGAUUGGUGCCGAUAGCGACGUCGGUGAUUCCGCAACACAGGCAAAGCGAGCUGCAACAGAGCCACAUGUUUAAGCCAUCUAUUUGGACCGAAUUGUACCGGUAUUUGCUGUUUUAGAAGAAGAGUAAUAUAUUUAAAUAUCAAAUUGAGGCUGUGACGUUUACUAUGAAUUGUUCACUUAAGGUCUCGCAGGAAACAUAGCGGACUACAGCCGGCGAAUUCAAGCGGAGCCGAACAGUUAACAUUAGCUAGCUUUAGCCUGUUAGCUAUCCGUUAGCUCAGAAGCCGCUAUCUCGUCAACUCGCCAGACAUCUGCACGCCAAACUGUCCCGCGUUGAAGCUAAUUAUUCCGUUACGGUCAACACCGUGGGAUCCUCGCUCCUAUUUUCAUCAAGUAUUUUUUUUGUUUUAAGUCCCGAGGUCACACUAAAGGAGGAGAGAACCGUGACAGGUUGAGGCUGGGACCAGCAGGGCAAUACAAGCCGUGUCCUCAAGUGGCCGUUCACCAUGGACAACACACACACAAAGACGGUUGAAGAAGUUUACAGCUUUUUUAACGUGAAUGAAAGCACAGGUCUGAGUUCCGAGCAAGUUAGGAAACAACGGGAACGUUAUGGACCAAACGAAUUGCCAGCGGAGGAGGGUAAAUCCCUUUGGGAACUAGUGGUUGAACAGUUUGAAGAUUUGCUUGUGAGGAUCCUUUUACUCGCCGCCUGCAUAUCAUUUGUGCUGGCUUGGUUCGAAGAGGGAGAAUCAACCGUUACAGCCUUCGUGGAGCCUUUUGUUAUCCUGCUUAUUCUCAUAGCAAACGCCAUCGUAGGAGUCUGGCAGGAGCGAAAUGCAGAAAAUGCCAUUGAAGCCCUUAAGGAGUAUGAGCCAGAGAUGGGGAAGGUGUACCGUCAGGACAGAAAAAGUGUCCAGAGAAUCAAAGCCAGGGACAUUAUGCCCGGGGACAUUGUGGAGGUGGCAGUUGGAGAUAAAGUGCCCGCAGACAUCAGGCUCUGCUCCAUCAAGUCAACAACACUGAGGGUAGACCAAUCAAUUCUUACAGGAGAGUCUGUGUCUGUGAUCAAACACACCGACCCUGUGCCGGACCCGCGUGCCGUCAACCAGGACAAAAAGAACAUGCUCUUCUCUGGCACCAACAUUUCAUCUGGUAAGGCUGUGGGUGUGGUGGUGGCCACAGGGGGCAGCACCGAGAUCGGCAAAAUCCGAGAUGAGAUGGCAGCAACGGAGCAGGAGCGCACGCCGCUGCAGCAGAAACUGGACGAGUUCGGACAGCAACUAUCCAAGGUCAUUACGCUAAUCUGCAUCGCUGUGUGGCUCAUCAAUAUUGGACAUUUCAACGACCCGGUCCAUGGAGGCUCCUGGAUCCGAGGUGCUGUCUACUACUUCAAGAUCGCUGUGGCUCUGGCAGUUGCUGCAAUCCCAGAGGGUCUGCCUGCUGUCAUCACUACUUGCCUGGCUUUGGGAACUCGGCGCAUGGCCAAGAAGAAUGCCAUUGUCCGCAGUUUGCCGUCUGUGGAGACCCUUGGCUGUACAUCUGUCAUCUGCUCUGACAAGACCGGCACGCUGACCACCAAUCAGAUGUCCGUGUGCAGGAUGUUCAUCGUUGAUCAGACAAAGGGUGAUAGCUGUUCGCUAAAGGAAUUCACCAUCACUGGCUCGACAUAUGCCCCAGAGGGAGAAGUGUUCCUUGAUGGCAAACAAGUCAAAUCCUCCCAGUAUGAUGCCUUGGUAGAGCUGGCCUCUAUCUGCGCUCUGUGUAACGAUUCCUCACUGGACUAUAAUGAGAACAAAGGAGUGUUUGAGAAGGUGGGUGAGGCCACAGAGACGGCUCUCACGUGCCUGGUGGAGAAGAUGAACGUGUUCGAUACGGAUGUCAAAGGCCUGUCAAAGAUCGAGAGAGCCAACGCCUGUAACUCUGUGAUCAAGCAGCUGAUGAAGAAAGAGUUUACGCUGGAAUUCUCCAGAGACAGGAAGUCCAUGUCUGUGUACUGCACUGCAAAUAAGGCCCGAUCCUCUGUUGGCAAGAUGUUUUUAAAGGGGGCCCCUGAGGGUUUGAUUGACAGGUGCACGCACAUCCGUGUGGGCAGUGACAAGGUGCCCUUGACCCCUGGCAUCAAGGAAAAAGUGUUGUCAGUGAUCAAGGAGUAUGGAAGCGGCAGAGACACUCUGCGCUGUCUGGCUCUCGCUACCCGAGACCACCGCUUGGUCAGAGAGGAGAUGAAGUUGGAGGACUCCGCCCGCUUUGUUGACUAUGAGACUGACCUGACCUUUGUUGGCUGUGUGGGCAUGCUGGAUCCUCCCAGGACGGAGGUGGCAGCCUCCAUCAGACUCUGCCGCCUCGCAGGCAUCAGAGUCAUUAUGAUCACUGGAGACAACAAGGGGACGGCCGUGGCUAUCUGCAGACGCAUUGGCAUCUUCGGAGAGAACGACGAUGUUUCCAGCAUGGCGUUCACCGGCCGAGAGUUCGACGAUCUGUCGCCCACUGCACAGAGAGAAGCUGUGCUGAAGGCACGCUGCUAUGCCCGUGUGGAGCCUUCACAUAAAUCCAAGAUUAUCGAGUACCUGCAGUCCUAUGAUGAGAUCACAGCUAUGACUGGUGAUGGAGUGAACGAUGCCCCUGCUCUAAAGAAGGCUGAAAUCGGUAUUGCCAUGGGUUCAGGCACGGCUGUUGCUAAGAGCGCGUCAGAGAUGGUGCUGGCUGACGACAACUUCUCCACCAUCGUCGCUGCAGUGGAGGAAGGCAGAGCCAUUUACAACAACAUGAAGCAGUUCAUCAGAUACCUCAUCUCUUCCAAUGUGGGCGAAGUUGUCUGCAUCUUCCUGACCGCGGCGCUGGGAUUCCCUGAAGCCCUCAUCCCGGUGCAGCUGCUCUGGGUCAACCUGGUGACCGACGGUCUGCCCGCCACCGCUCUAGGAUUCAACCCACCGGACCUGGACAUCAUGACCAAGCCCCCGCGCAACGCUCGCGAGCCCCUCAUCUCAGGAUGGCUCUUCUUCAGAUACCUCACCAUUGGAUGUUAUGUGGGUGCUGGCACUGUGGGUGCUGCUGCCUGGUGGUUUGUUGCUGCUGAGGAUGGACCAAGAAUCACCUUUUACCAGCUGAGCCACUUCCUGCAGUGUGGCCCAGAGAAUCCAGAGUUCACAGAUCUGGACUGUAAGGUGUUUGAGUCUCCUUACCCCAUGACCAUGGCCCUGUCUGUGCUGGUCACCAUAGAGAUGUGCAAUGCCCUGAACAGCGUGUCAGAGAACCAGUCCCUGGUGAGGAUGCCUCCCUGGGAGAACGUGUGGCUGCUGGGAGCCAUCUGCCUCUCCAUGUCCCUUCACUUCCUCAUCCUCCACGUGGAGCCUCUUCCAAUGAUCUUCCAGAUCACCCCUCUGAAUCUGACCCAAUGGCUGGUGGUGCUUAAGAUCUCCCUGCCUGUCAUCCUACUUGACGAGUUCCUCAAGUUCGCCGCCAGGAACUACAUGGAGCCCGGUAAAGAGCUGGAGAAGCCGGCCGGCUCCAAAGGCUGCUGCCUGCCUGCAUGCUUGGAGGGCAUCUCCUGGCCCUUUGUGGCCCUUACCAUCCCCCUGGUGGGCUGGAUCUACAGCACCGACACUAACAUGGCCGACAUGUUCUGGUCCUGACUGACUUGAGCACAAUCUCGACUUUUUCCCAUUUUCCUCCCCCGCCCCUCACCGCCAUCACCUCCCUCUGUCCUCUCCCUCUCCCCUCUCUGCCUUCCUACGUGUGUGCAUAGCUUGUGUGUGAGCGUGUUUGUAGAGUUAGCGUGUGUACUAGUGCGUGCCUACCUACCACCUGUGUGCGAGAAGGACCAACUUUAACACAUAAAACGUAAUGGAUAAUAUAAAAUGUGAACCGAGAAGACACCUGGUUAGCGUUAGGAUAGGAUAUUUGAACGGGUGAGGCUUUAAAUGCGAGUGUAAGAAAAUCACCACUCCCGUAGCUGUGGACUUUGUUGCUUGUCUGUAAGAAAAAUAUACUGUUGACAGUUAUUUUAUUAUUAUUAUUAUUUUCAAUAUUGCCUUUAAGGUUUAUAUUUACUAUUCUGGGAGUAUCAGUUGUCCUAUGUCACUACAGUAACAACAGUUAUGUUUAGCUUCCCUCUUCUUGAAUAGAAAGUUAAGAAAUCCAUCAUCUGUACAGAGAUAGAAUUUUAUGCAACUUUUUUUAUGGCUUCGUCAAUUCUUCGACCACUGUGGCUUUGACUUAGGGCCUUCAUUUAUGUUCACGUUUACCAUUGUGUCUUCAGUAUAUCAACUCAGAACUCUUUCAGAGAGGACAAGCUCCGUGUGGCGGACGAGGACGGGGAAAGGUUUGGGAGUAAACGUUCGAUUGCUCCGCUUCAACAAAAAGAAAAAAAAAAAUAUUUGAAAACAAAUACGCCGCAUGUCUUGUGACCAAGCAUGAACUGUAUGUGGUUUCUCAUUUCUAAUUUAAUUGUGAAUGUCCCCCACCCCCAUGUUAGAGUUUAAAUUAACCUCAUGGAUGUACUUUUUUUAUUUUUACUAUAAUGAUUUGAAAAUAAGCCAGUUUUUCUGCACUGGGCAGAGCACAGCUACCUCAAUGUGAUACAAAUAAUCUUUCUUUUGCUCAUCUCUAGAUGCUUUUCCCUACAGGGUUUUGCUAAAGCGUAACAUCUGAGGUGUGCCCCUAUUUGCUUGUGCAAAAAAACGAAGAACAAAACAUUUCCUUCCCCUUUAACAUUUUUAAGGAUAUAUUUUGUUUGUACUGAUUUCUGACUUUCAUUAACUUUAUUUGUGUUUUGCUUCGGAGACAGAACUGAGAGGGGAUGAUGUUAUUUACCAUCUCAUGGCGUUUGAUUCAAAGGACAGUAAUGUUCAAAUCCUAAGACAAAAAAAAAACUAAUGCAGAAAGUACUCCAAAUGAACUUGGAUUGCAAGAACCCAAAAUGUUGUUUUUUUACUUUAAGGAAAUAUACACUCAUAAACCCUUUGAAUCAAAGUGUGCUCUGUCUUUAUUUAAUCCAUUGACUUUGUGGUUUUCAUAUCCAGUGUUUUGUUUUGUGUAUGUGCAUAUAAUACUUGAAUACAAACCAUUUCAGACAUAUGAAUGCUUCAGUGUCCUUGGCACAACAUGACCGGCAGGAGACAAUCUUAAAUAUUUGACUCUUGAAGGCUUUAAUAUCUGGAGGUUUGAGUUUGUGCCGCUCUGUGAUCGUGUAUCCGAGCCCAUUCAGUCAACUGCACUAACAUUUAGAUGAUUUUUUGUUUUGCCUCAUCUAAAGCAUGUCUUACAAGGUAGAAGCCUGGGUUUGUCCGCACCGUGUGUGUGUUUGUGUUCCACUUAACUGUGUGCUUUUCUUCCUCAAUGCCUUCCAUUGGCUCCCCUGUCACUAGAGUUGGCUCUCAUAAAAACUGGGAUAAUUUUUAAAGAGUGGGCUCAGAGGCUGGCGUCGUCCUCCUGUCCAGCAUGUGUGCUCACUCUUACCUUCACACACCUCUGACACUAUGAUGACCAGCAGUGUGUGUACCCUUGCACUGACAAAAAGGACACGUUUUCCAAAGUAAUAAGACCAAAUCCAUAAAGGUAUACUUAAAAGUGGUUGGAAACAGAAUUCCCUUUGCCCCAUGCACCACAACACAUGACCACACACACACUUCCUAACAUUCGUAUGCCUCUGUGUGCAGAUGCUAUAUAAACAUGACACUAUUCCAUUUGUGUGCAGGGAAGUUUUCAACACCCUCAGCGUUCCUUCUUGCAUGACAAACUCGUUUCCAAAAUUCCAUGGUAGCUUGUCACGUAGAGAAUCUUUUAAAACACUGGGUCAAACGGUCUUAGCUAUACAUCAGUGUAAAAAACAUCCAUGCAUGCGUUUCAGCUGUAUGUAGGCUUUGCAAUUUGUAUUUAUAGAUUAUAAUGUAUAAUAUUCAAAUAAAGACAUUAAGAGGGUUUUAAGAUGGAUAUAUCAUAGAUAUGUAAAUCACUGUUUUUAUUGUAGCGGUUGGGGUAAUUUGCACAACACUAGAAAUUGAGAAAUUACUCAUGAACUUGACUCUGCUCUACUUUUUUUUUGUACUCAAUUAUCCUUCUUACAAUUAAAGGCCAAUAACUGACCCAUUUACUUUGUAAUGAAGUGCUCCUUUGCCAUGAGAACAACAGACUUAACACUUUGAUUCAUUGGUAAUCCUGCAAUACAAGUGUUCUCCUGUUUUCUUAUGCCUCUGCGUUAUAACUAUUAUUAUUACUGUCAUGUAUCUUUAUCAACUGCUGUAAAACUGUGAUCUAUUGAGAGGGGGCUUUCCCCUCAGUGAUACCUAGUCAAAGAACAACAUUAACCAUAUGUAAAAAGACGAUCAUUAUUGAUUAUUGACUAAUAAUGGUUGUACAUGCAUUACUGAGGUUGUGGUUUCAGGUAAAUAAAACGAUAUAGUAUUUGA